AUGAAAGAGUUAUUUUUGCUGAUAAUUUGCGCUGGAAGAGACAUGAUAACUGGAUGCUACAGUCAGAUGUUACCAGAUGAGGCUUGUGAAAGAUACACUGCUCCAUCGAUCAAAGUCGGAACCAAGAUAAUUUCCGAAGGUGGCCCGACGAUUCGCUGCAGUUGUCGCCAAGGACGCAUGGCUGGAUACAAGUUGGGGGAGGUCAGCCUGAGCGACGGAGACGAUGACGUCUUUGAGGACAAGCCUUCUUCUUCAUCCACCCCCAGAAUCCUCCGUUCUUCGCAAGCGUCGAAAGAAACUGAAGACAACGAAGAGAACAAGCAAAACGAAGCCAACCUUUCUUCAUCGUCAGCGACCGAGCUCUUCAAGAAACAACGACUUUCCUUUGAUGGCGUCGAUGGUGCAGAAGAUCUUCGAGGUUUCAACCAACUUGCUUAUCAUCCCAAAGCUAUCCAGAUCCUUCUCUGUUUCUUGAUGAGGGGACUCCACGGACGCACCUGCGAGACUGUUUUCAAAACCCUCUGUGCCAGCCUGACUGAGUUGAAGGGCCAGAAUCCACCAACAGCAGCCACAAUCAACUCCAAACGCUUCUGCAUUGAAACCUUGGCAAGAGAGCAACUCAUCGAAGAAAUUCAGGCCGCAAAGCCCGGUGGUUGUCUAUUAAUAGACGACGCCACGUUAGUGCACAGCGCACGCGCAACUGGCAUCGUCUACGUCAACACUAAGGGUCGAGCAUUUUCGAUUGGUCUUUAUGAAACCCUUGUUUCAAAAGGCGAGGACAUGGCGAAACAAAUUCUGGCGAAACUUAGAGCUCUUCCUUUCUGGUCGAUCCUAAAACAAAAAAUUGGCUUCCUGGUUUCCGACAGCUGCGCCGCUCAGCUACACGCCAAUCAGCUCAUCAUUGAAGGAUUGAAAUCAGAAGAAGGCAUCUCAGCUGUUGAAAUCGUUUGUCAAAUGCAUGCGACUGCUUGGCUUGAACGAUACACCUACAAGGACUGGAGCGAAAAGAAGCCCGCAAAGAAAAUCCUCUUCAACCCUGAUCCCAACGACGAGUCUUUGAAUACUCCUGAUCCCGAUGUUGCCAAAGCUUCGAAAGUCUUCACGGCAAUCAUGACUCUAUUUGGCGCCCGUACCCUCAACUUGACCGGUCACCACGCCAAAUCCCUUCGUAACGAGCUUGAAGCCCAGCAAGAAGUAUGGAUCGUUAUUUUGAUUUGCUCCAUUCCAUUCUUCGUCUUCUACGGGGCGCUCAAGGAAUUUCAUGCUGUUGUCUCCGAAACUUCCAGCUCCUACAACAUCAUCUUUGGCGCUCUCAAGAGGCUUGAGGACUACUACAAUGCGAUGAUGGCCGACGAAAAGAACUGCUUCUCUCGAAUGAUUACUGCCGUCAAAGAUGAAGACGAGUCGAUGAAAGCUGUCUUGGCGAGAAUUCGAACGCAGUUUAGAGAGCCUGGAGCGAAGUCACAAGAAAUUUUUAAAAGAAAAAAGAAGUGGGAGGAGAUCGGAAAGAAGGUGGCUGACCACGAUGGGUUUUUGACUGGCACUUCUCGGCUCGUCGAACGAGUCUUCGGGGUCCUCAAAAAUCUUGAACGAAGCCACGCGAGACUUGGGUUGAGGCGAACUUUCAUUGUUGCCGAAGCAAUGUACAACAAAACUGCUGAGUGGCUUGAGGAAAUGACUCCAGCAAAACAAGAGGCAAUUGUCAAGAAGGCAAUGCUUGAGCGACCAAAGAAUGAAAAGAAGGCAAAAGAGCUUGAAAAAGAAGACAGACAGAUAUAUCUUCUGAAGAAUGCAAGAGAUGAAGAGGAAAUCGCGCGAGAGGCUGAAAUCAUGGAAGAGAACGAAGAGGAUGAUGCGAUGGAGGUCGUAGAGAGUGUUGAAGAUGAGCCCGAAUUGGAAAUUGGAGAGAGCAUUGAAGAUGAGCCGGAAUUCGAAGAUGAAGAAUCUGUUUCUGUGCCUUUUUGA